AUGACCCACCCCGCCAACCCCCACCCGACCUCUUAUCCUUCCUACUCCGUCCGCUAUGGUCUCAACGAUCAGUACCACAAAUCCGCCUACCCUUCCGCCACCCCUGCUCCACUCCCCGCCUCGUCGUCCCAAAUCCCCGUCAAGCUCGAAGAGUCCCCCGACCUUCCCCCUCCCUCCUCCUCCCACCACCAUCCCCUCCAGAACCCUUCCCUCUCGCUCUCACAGUACUACGAACACCGUGCGUCCCGCUCUCAGGACAACGCUAUAUUUCGCUUUGGAUCCGACAUCGACUCCUCCCCAACAUCCCCCUCCGCUGCCCCCUUCACCUUCAUGUCCCAAGCCUGGCCCCAAUCUGCAGCGGGCUCCUCCGCAUCCGCCUCGUCCUAUGUCCACCCGUACGCCGUCGACCGCUCCCACCCAUACCCCCUGCCCUCGGCUAUGAAUGGUCACCAUGCCCAAGCACUCGCCAUAAGCGACGACUACGACGACGCAGAUGGCGACGAGGUAGGUGAUAUUCCUGGCUCCACCCUCGCAGGCCUCGCCCUCUCCGCCUACUCCAGUGGCACCGGCCUCGCCCCCGGCAGCGCCGCAUCCAAGGCCGAGAAACAGGUCCGCCGCAGGAGCAGCAAGGCCUGCGACCAAUGCCGCAAAUCCAAAUGCAAGUGUGAACGAAGCAGCCCCCAGGACCCGUGUCGCAACUGUGUCAUGCUCGGUACUGCCUGCACCUUCCUCGGCCCGUCGCGCAAGCGCGGCCCCCCCAAGGGCUACAUCGACGCCAUCGAAGCCCGCCUCCACCAGACAGAAGCUCUCAUUGGCAUUUUGCUCGGCAGCAAGGACAGCCGCGCCAGGGGCCUGCUUGACGAUUUGAGCGAGGACCACCUCGCAAGGGAAAUUAUCAAUCGUGUCGAUAAUUCUCCGUAUGGCCACAAGGGCCGCGCUCGCGGCUCUGAGCCUGCGACUUCGAAUCGCACGAGACCUCCACCCUCGACUGAUUCUCGAGACGACUCCAAUGUCCACGCCUCGCACCCGUCCACUGAAUGGCAGGAUUCCGUUAUAGCGCGGCUGAACGCCGUCGCUGCCACUCGCAACACUCUUGUCGACGACCCGACAAGCGGCAUACGCUACUCGCAGUCUCCAACCGACGAAGCAUCACAGUCCACCCGACCAGUGCUGAACAUCAUACAGCCGAGCAGCUCGAGCACGCUCGUAGGCCCCGCAUCUGCCGUCCUCAGCUCUGCCUCGGAGCACCCGACCAGCGAGCCGCCUUUCCGGCGUCAGCGUCGACGCCUGGACGGGGACGAGCACGGACAGCGUUCUCCGUCGACCACCUCUGGGCGCUCACACUCCCCUGCAGUGGCGAAUCCGCCCUCGGCGCGCUCCGUCUCGGGCUCGCGUGCGUUCCUCGGACACCGUGGCUCCGUUGCGUCCCUUGCGGACACAUCGGCGCGAUCACCGGAGAUGCACGACGACGAGGGCUACGCGCAGCGCGACGACCCGGACGUCGUCGGCGGCGAAGACGAGCUCGCGAUCGAGGUGGGCCAGCUGAGCCUAAAUGAGGACGAGCAGGUGCGCUUCCAUGGCAAGGUGAGCGGGCUGCACCUCCUCGGUGUGAAGGAUCGCGAAGACGAGCGGCACGAGGGAGGCAUAUGGCGUUUUCCGAAAGCACGCGUGUGGCCGCCUCUGCCGCCGUCGGCGUCGAACCAGGCCAAGGGCAUGGAGAAUUUUACGCCAUUCCUGCCUGACCAGGCGACGCAGGAGCUGUUGCUGGACCUCUACUGGACCUACGUGCAUCCGGCUCUCCCCAUCGUGCAGAAGUGGACCUUUAUGGAGGACUUCCGCAGCGGGGGCGCACUAUCUGCUGAUUCCCCGUACUCGGAGGCCUCGGACAGCGCGUCACCGGGCCCAUCAAGCCGCAAACGGCGCGUCCCGACGCUGCUCCUGCUCGCGAUGUUUUCUAUCGCUGCGCGAUACUCCUCCGCGACAUCGAGCGACGUGCCGCCCCCGCAGGAGGGCUCGAUAUGGACCGCGGGGGAGCGCUAUCUCGAGGACGCCAAGGUCAUCCUCGACAGCUCGUACGCGGCAUCGCGCCCGAGUACGUGCCAGGCGCUGUUGCUCAUGGGCUACCGCGAGGUCGGCAUUGGGGCCAUGGCCCAGGCGUGGCUGUACAUUGGCAUGGCCGUGCGCAUGGCGCAGGACCUCGGACUGCACAAGAGUGCGGAAAAGUGGAGCAGCGUCGGACGGACGCUGUUCAACGGGACGGAGCUGCAGGAGCGGCGGCGCAUCUGGUACGGCUGUGUCGUCAUGGACAAGUACGUCUCGGCGUAUAUCGGCCGCCCUGUGACCGUGUUCGAGCGCGAUUUUGAUACGGAGCUCCCCAUCGUGGACGGCUCUGAGGAACCGGACCUCUGGUCACCUCAUCCCUCCGCUCCGCUUCUAGAUGACAGUGUGGAGCCCAAUUUCCCCGCAGUGACCCCCGUAGCGUGUCGCGUUGUGUCCUGCUUCAGUGAGUCGGCGAAACUCUCCAUCAUCCUGAGUAUGAUUAUGCAAGGUCUUUACGCCAUCAAGCCCAAAUGCUACCGCCAGGCGGAGUUUUCUCGGCACGAAGAAUUACUGUCCAAGUGGUAUCUCGACCUUCCUGACCACCUACGCUUUGAUCCUGCGGCACCGAAAAGUCCUGCGCCGUUGCCCCACGUGCUCACGUUGCAUAUGCAGUACUGGUGUACCGUGCUAUUAUUGCACAGGCCAUUCAUCCGCCACCUCGCGUCAGACAGUUCCAGCAGACCGCUGUCGUCGUCCUCGAAGGACUCUGACAUGCGGGCGAAUUCAAGACAAAAUUAUGAUAUUUGUGUACAAGCAGCUAAUCACAUCACCUCUAUCGUCUCAGUAUAUGUCGAGAACUACACGGCGAAGCGCGCUUCGGUGUAUCUUUGCUACUAUGUUUUCACGGCAGCGGUCAUGCAUGUAUCGACCUUGAUGGCUUACCCCGAUGACGCUCAGGCCCGGGUGUGCCUGAACAAAUGUAUGGAUGUCCUCAAGCGGAUGCGAAUUCUGUGGGGAAGCGCGUGGCGGGCCCUGGAGCUCCUGCAGGGCUCCAAAGUGAACACGCAACAUGCUCAAGACACCGUCGCGGCGCUCAGGCCGCGAGUGUCCGAUAGGAACAAGCGAUCCGCCGAGCACUCACUCGAUCAGCAAGCCGAUGAUAACGCCCGUAUGCUGGCGAACGAGCAGCUGUAUCGGGCGCCUCCGGGGCUUCCUGCUCCGAGCCCGGUCCACCAGAGUUUCGCAAUGAACAGUCUGCAAAUGGUGCCUGCGGAGUCUCCGACCUUCCAUUCUUAUGAUCGCUGGACAUCCGAGGCCUCCCUGCCCUCUUACGGUGCCAACCUGUCCACGUCGGUUUUGCCGCAACAAUACAGCACAGGACUCGUCGAUGAACGCCUGUCGUCCGGGAUCAGUCGUCACUCAGAAAGGCAGAGCCAGCGAUACCCACAGUACUGGAACGACUACUCGUCUCUUGGACAGAUGGACACGUCUUACGGCGUGCCCGUCAUAGGCGAUAUGGUUGCGCAUCAUGCGAGUGGCACCCACAGCGACCAGCCCUCGAUGUACGUCCAGGACUAUGCUAACAUAUUUGGUAACAUCCCACCUAACCACCAAUAA